GGGUGUGCACGAAAAGAGCUGACAUCGAAACGACGUCACUGCUCGUCAGCGUGAGCCAUGCAUGCUGAGUGCAGCGCAGACACGCGAAACAGGCAAACCUGUCGCGGCGCUGCCCAUGUACAUGUAGACGAUUUGCUGCAAACAUUGCUCUUCUGCCACCGCACCGCCCGCAACCUCGCCAGCCCGACGACAACGACGACCAGACACCCCGCCACCGCUGCUGACAGGGUCCACCACCACCAACGAACCUGUGGAUGAUGGGCUGUUUUUGACUCUGCGCCUGAAGUUUGGCAUCGAACCGAAGCAUCCGGGCGAGCAGCGAUCCUUCCCAAUCAGCUCGUGAGCCGCUGGCUUGAGCUGCUGAAGCUUUUCUCCCACCCGCUGCUGCUUCUCGUCACAGCUGCUCCACGACCACUUUCCUCCGUCCUGUCGCCUCCCCACCUCCGCCGCGCGUCACUGUCCGCCGCGGGCCCUCACCAUGUCGCUCAAGAAGGCCUUGCACAGUAUCCGCCCUCGCAGUGGCUCCAAUUCUGCUCAGACGAGCGACAGUGAGCGUGACAAUCCAGCUCGCCGCUCCAACGCCGGCUUGACCUCUCUGUCCAAUGGCCUCUCCUUCGGCAGACACUCGACCGAUCAGACCCGUUCGUCCCUCGACCAGUCUCGCACCCCUACGUCCCAAUCGCCUACCCGUCGUUCCAGCCAGCACCACCGCGCCUCGCAUAGUCCGCUUGGUUUUCUGCGACGCAAGGUUCGGCCCAGCUCCGAUGAUUCACACUCCUCGACCGAGGACUUGCCACUGAACCGUGAGGGCGAGCCUCUCAGUAAGAACCAGCAACGCAAACAUGAACGCUUGGCCGAGAAGGAAGCUCACCGCAAGGAAGCGGAGGAGCGGUUGGAAGCCGACCGCAAGCGGAAGGAGGACAUGCAACGACGAGCUGUCGAAGAGGAGACCGAGGAGCAGAAGUCCAAGUAUGGCGUACUGCCAAUCAACUACUAUGCCGGCCAGCAGAGGCACGAGGACAGGAUCGAUCUCCGUGAGCUGACACCUGAACACAUUGGCAAGAUGGUCUGCUUUCGCGCACGCAUCCAUAACAUGCGCAAGCUGAGUGCCCACCUUGUCUUCAUUGAGCUCCGGCAGCAGACCCAGACAAUCCAAGGUAUCCUCCACGAGCACGGCUCCAUCUCUCCCCACUUCGUCUACUGGGCCGAGCACCUGCACGUCGAGACCGUGGUUGUCGUGAAGGGUGUGGUUCAGGAGCCUAAAUCCAAGCAAGGCGAGAUCAUCGGUGUCUCCAUACACAAUCUGGAAGUUCACAUCCAUGAGAUGCACGUUGAAGCUACCCCAAGCGAGCCACUCGCCUUCACUGUGCACGAGGCGGAGGUCAGCAAGGCCGAGACACAGAAAGAAGGCGAUACCCGCCAUCGUGUGUCAGAUCGUGCGCGGCAGAAUAACCGCAUCAUCGACUUGCGGACAACUGCAUCCCAAGGUAUCUUCCGGAUACAAUCGGGCAUCUGUCAAGCGUUCCGUGCUCAUCUGCAUUCGCUCGGCUUCAUGGAGAUCCACACCCCAAAACUGCAAGGUGCAGCAUCCGAGUCUGGUGCCAGCGUAUUCAAAGUCGACUACUUUGGACGACCAGCCUUCUUGGCUCAAUCCCCUCAGCUCGGCAAGCAAAUGUGUAUCGCUGCAGACUUUAGACGGGUCUUCGAAAUUGGGCCCGUAUUCCGUGCUGAGAACAGCAAUACCCACAGGCACUUGACAGAGUUCACAGGUCUGGAUCUGGAAAUGGCCAUUGAUGAACACUAUCAUGAGGUGCUUCGCGUGUUGGACAGCACGUUCAAGGCGAUCUUCAAGUAUGUGUAUGACAACUACAAGGACGAGAUUGAGGUGGUCAAAAGGCAAUUCCCUCAUGAAGAUCUUGUGUGGUUGGAUCAAACACCGGUCAUCCCCUUUGCCGAAGCGAUCCGAAUGCUGAACGAUUCCGGCUAUCGAGAUGAGGAUGGAAAGCCUCUACCAGAAGACGAGGACAUGGGAACUCGCGAUGAGAUCGCCCUCGGUGCAGUCAUCAAGGAGAAGUACAAGACCGACUACUACGUGAUCGACAAGUUCCCGGCCUCUGCAAGACCUUUCUAUGCCAUGCCCGACCCCGAGAACCCAACCCUCACAAACUCCUUCGAUAUUUUCCUACGUGGUCAAGAGAUUCUGUCGGGUGGUCAGCGUAUUCACGACGCGCCAAUGCUCAUCGAAAAGAUGGAGAAGCUGAAGAUGGAUCCGACCACAUUGGAGGAGUACAUGACCGGGUUUGAGUGGGGUGCACCACCGCAUGGAGGAGGUGGUAUUGGUAUGGAGCGCAUACUGAUGUUACUUCUCAAGCUUGGUGACAUUCGAAACGCCACUCUGUUCACAAGAGAUCCACGGUCUCUACCAUACAGGCCUCCUGUGAAGCAGCUCCGUCAUCCGGAAGCUAGCACGCUGCACCCUCCAUGGGCAGGGCAAGAUCGUGUUGCAGCUCACAUGGACUUCCAGCCUCUGCCGAAGCUCAUUGCCAACUAUGGCGACGCGUCGAAUACAUCCUGGCUCGAACCCAAGUUCGAGAUCUGGCGCGACCCACACACCGGUGCUGCUGUUGGAUUCGUACCUCACGAGGGCUUCAGCAUUACAAUCGGUGAUCCUCUUUGUCAUCAAAGCCAGUACGCAAAGACGAUCGGCGGAUAUCUGCGAUACAUUAAGAAGGAGCGCCGUCUUCGACCGCUGUGGCUGCUCUGUGGUUCUGCUGCAGAAGAAGUGCUGGCGACAAAGUUCGAUUGGCGGACACUGUCCGUUGCAGCGGAACAACGUCUCGAUCCUUCGAACAACCCGGCAGCGCAGGACCCCGACAUUCAGCGCAAAUGUCGCCAUGCGGAGAAAGAAGGCGUCAAAGUGCAUGACAUUCCUCUCGGAACACCAGUUACUGAAGAGAUUCGGGAGAAGGUCGACAAGCGCAUUCAAGACUGGCUAAAGAACCGCAAAGGCAAGCAGGUGCACUUGACAGACGUGCAUCCAUGGCAAGACGUUGAGCACAGGCAAUACCAUUACAGCACGACAAAAGAAGGCGAGAUCAGUGGGCUGGUAAUCCUGGCCCAGCUUUCACCAGAUCACGGAUGGCAGGUGAAGUUCGCACUGGACUUCCCUGGAGCACCUUCAGGCGCUAUUGAAUUGUUGGUUUUGCAUUCCCUCAAGGCUGCCGCUGCUACAGGUGCAACCUCAGUGACGUUUGGCGGUGGUGCCACAGCCAAGCUCACGCCAGGACACAACCUGAAGGGUACGAGAGUCAAGGUUCUGGCCAAAGCGUACCACGCAAUCGCAACUGAGCUCAAGUUGACGAACAAGAGCGAGUUCCGAGAGAAGCUGGGAGCUCAAGAUGAUCCAAUCUUUGUCUGCUACCCUCCACACGGCCUUGGGCCAGCUGGUGUCCGGGCCAUUCUGAGUUUCUUCGAGGAUGAAGAAGAUACCAAUAAGCUUGGUUAGAAGCGUUGUUGUUGUCAAGUGUAUAGAGCAUAGUUCACUGACCGUCCCAUAAUCAUAUGAAGCGCACUCUCAAUUCUGGAAUUCGAAAUCAUGUACCGUACCAGAACUUCGCUCUCCAGCUAUAUUUUGACACUGCCCAUACAUCUUCGUUGCCUG